CUGGAGCGGAUGUCAAGCGCUCCUGAGCUCAGCGCUCUUUGGUGACCCUAACGGAGUCCACGGUCGGCGAUGUCCGAGCUGCCCGGAGAGAGCAUGGUCCCCGACCUGAGCCCCAUGACUGGCAUCGGCGACGUCCUGCAGGGGGUCGUGGGCGGAGGCAGUCGGGUCCCCGAGGCCCCGGAAGAUCCGCUGGCCAGAGCCGCCGGGUCCAUGCCGUGGGCCGCGGGCCCGCUUCCCAGGCGACCCUCCGGCGUGGCGGGCCUGAUGGCCAUGCCGCACGUCCACGCGCCGCUGCGCCUUCUAGAGCUGCACGAGCAGCGGAUGUUUCAACACUACCUGCACACCAACCCCCUGAUCCCCACCCGGCUGCUCCGCGACAUCGAGGAGCGUCGCCGGCUAUUCGUGGAGGGGUGCAGAGCCAGGGAGGCGGCCUUCGACGCCAACCCUCCGCAGAUGGACUCGGACGCCCGCGCCUUUACGAUGGCGCUCACCGCCACCGACGCCCGCGGCCCCACCGCCGACUGAGUGGCGGCCUUCGCCUCUAAUCCCAGCCCUAGGGAGGGAAGAGGCUAGAGGAUCUGGGGUUCAAGGUCAUCCUUGGCUACUUGGCGAGUUGGAGGCCAACCUGGGCCACAGGAGACUCUGUCUUUAAAAGAUAAAAGAUUGGUGGCCAGGAAGUCAGGUGACUCUUAGGGUCAAGGGUAAAGGCAGAAGUCUGGGCAAAUGUCAUGAGGUGGGAAAUUCACUCAGAGUGCAGCGAUGAGCGCAGUGGAAUGAAGCAGGACCAGAGAGAGCUGGCAGAAGCCCCUUCUGACUUCCGCCUUGUGAUCAUUAGCUAUCUCCCUACCCUCCACCCCCACCCCUGGAAUUUGUGGAAACUCAAGGUUGCUUCACUGUAUAGGACGAUGGUUUUGCAAAGAUGAAGUCCAAGAAUUACCAAUGGGGGAAAACCACAAAGAAAUAACCGAGAUGCGGGGAGAAAGCAGGGAGACUGGUUCUUAGACACAGUCGCUCCUGGAUUUUAUUGGCAUCAGAAGGCUGUUGAGACAACUUGGACAUUUCAGAAUUGAGGCGUCAUCUCUUCGUCAGCUGACAAGCCCAAUGUGCUGUUAAUUCUUGUGUUUGAUGUUCUAGACAAGUUGUAAAUACUCAGAUAGAGGGAAAUCGUGUGUGUUUGUGAGACCAUGUGCAAUUGUAUCCUUGUGGGAAUAGAUUUAAUAUUUAAAUGAUAGAUGUACAAUCAAGAGACUCAAAAGUAGCAAAAGAUGCUAUGGGAAGUUAAAACUUUUCUCUCUGCCAAACUGAAAACUGUCCAAGCAAGCAUCCAUAGUGAUUUGGGGUGGGGUGGGUAGGGUUUUCAAAACUGUUUUCCAGUGCAUAUACGAGUUGAGACAGUCUAGUACUCCCCCAGUGCGAGUGCUGAGGAUGGAACCCGGAGCCUUGCACACACACGUACCACCCUGCUGUGCAGCGGCCUUCCCAGUCCUUUUCAGUCAUACAGGGCUGGCGAGAUGGCUCGGGUUAGAGGUGUUUGCUGCUGAGCUGUGUUACUGCAUUUGAUCCCGGGACCCUCCUGUUUCUUCUGACCUCGAUAGUAGGUACCUAUAUCAGUAUCUUCGCUUUUAAUAUUUUCAGUUAUAUUGAAAGUAAUUUUAUAUUUUUUCUUUUUUAAAAACUAUUUAAGGCUUGUAUCUUAACAUAUUUAAUGAACUAGUCUUACGGACAUCUGAAUUGUUUGAAAAUGUUUUUAUUUUUUGUUUUAAAGAUUUAUGUGUGUAUGUGUGAGUUCACAUGAGUACCUGUGUGUCAUAUGGGUGCAAGAGACUGAGGGACUAGAAGAGGGUGUGGGAACCCCAGAACUAGUGUUCCAGGCAUCAGGGAGCCUCCGUGUGGGUGCUGAGAACUGAAACCACUCCACUGAGCCAUCUCUCCAGUCUGUUUUUUGUUUGUUGGAAACAGGGUCUCUCUGUGUAGUUCUGGCUGACCUAGAAUUUGCUAUGUGGUAGACCAGGUUGACCUUGACUUCACAAAGAUCUCCUGCCUCUGCCUCCUGCCUAGCGUUUGUGUGUAUGGUUUUUGGUUUUUGUUUUUUGAGACGGGGUUUCACAGGACUGGGGCUGAUUGUGAAGCCCUGAUCCACCCACCUCCCAGACUGUGGGACUAAAGGUGUGUGUCACCAUGCCUAGCAUUGUUUUGUAAUGUUCUGUGCAUGUGUGCUUGCUCUUUUCAUAGAGAAAACUUAAGAUUGGAAGCAGGUAAUAGGAAGGAGUGUUGGUAUUUCUCAGAGGUAUCGCCAGCCCCUUUGGGCCUCUGAUAACUUCCAUUUGCCCAGGAACUCAUGUGCAUCUUUCUCGAUAUUCAGCCCAGUCCUUCAGACUCGGCUGUCAGCUGUGUUUGCAUCUCUGCGUAUGAGGAGGACUGCUUUCCGUGUGCAAUGGCCAUUUCCUGUGAACCACCUGUCCAUAGCCUGUCACCAAACAGUCCUAGAAGGGUGUGAUGGCACACACCCGGACAAGAAGGUCCAGCUGUGAUAGCACACACCUUUAAUCGCUGCAUUCAGGACACAGCAGCAAAUACAUCCCUGUGAGUUCGAGGCCAGCCUGAUCUAUAAUUAAGUCCCAGGACAGCCAGAAACAGAGUGAGAUCCUCAAACAAUAAAAGGUCUAGAUUCUCAAGUUGAGACCAGCCUGGGCACACAGGGUUGGCAAGAUCGCUCAGUGGGUAAACAGCUUGCCAGGAAGUCCGGUGAUCCCUGAAACCAAAUGAAGCUGUGGGGACAGACCCCUCCAAAGGUGUCCUCUGACCUACCCAUGGCCCAUUACCACACAAUAAAUCUUUAACAAGUUACCCUUUCCAUGCAAAACGGAUGUUUUCUGUGCUGACCACACUGACCCUUCUGCCCUGCAGGCAAGUGUGCUCAACCACCUUCUGUUAUGGUUUCCAGACUGACUCACAAUGGCUUCGCACAUGUGGCCAAGUGUAGCGGUCACCAGCACUCCCAGCGCUCAGAAAGCUGGGACAGGAUGACUGAGUUUGAGGCUUCCCUGGCACCACACUGUGCGUGAUGAAUGUGGAUUGGCUGGAAUACUGGCAUUGCUCUCUGUGCAUCCAGGACACUUCCAGCUCUAGGAGAACUCUUCUCCAGAUCUUCUGUCUCUCCCUUUUCUAUUUGGUUUUUCAAGACAGGGUUUCUCUGUGCAUCUGACUGUCCUGGCUUGCUCUAUAGACCAGCUGGCCUUGAACUCAGAGAUCCACCUACCCUACCUCUGCCUCCCAAGUGCUGGAAUUAACAGCAUUGGUCACCACU